AUGCCACCACAUCCGCCGCCAAUGAAUUCCUUCAAUAAUAGUUCAUUAUUUGUAUUAGAUGGUACGGUGAUACAGGCUCCGCCAACGCAGAUGAUGAAUCGUCAAAUGAUGUCAAAUCGAAAUAUACAACCACAGCCAACAAAUCCAUAUUACUCAUCUGCUUCUCAUCAACCACCACCAACAAAUGCAUAUAAUACUCCAGAUACAUCUACAGCUACGGGACCAUCUUCUUAUCAACCAAUUUAUAAUCAAAAUCCUUCAGCGAAUGCUUAUAGUCAAAGAGAAUCCUAUAGUCAAAUAAGGUUUCAUGCACCAUCAAAUGACCGUAAUGACUAUGGUCCUCCUUCCAUGAUACCCUUACAACCGCCGCCUCCCUCUCGAUCUGCAUCAUUACAAACACAAAAUUUUCUACCAAUGCCAACACCGAAUCAACCCUCUCUGGCACAAUCUCAAAAUCCUCCAAAGUAUCAACAACAACAGCCAAAUCUUAGCUAUCCAUUUCAAUCUCAAUUUCAAUAUGGUGGUAACGGGAAUCGUCAACAGCAGCAUCAGCAAGGGCUACCAGGUUCAAUUGGUAAUAUUAAUCGUUCUUAUGGUGGUACUCAUCAACAACAAUCUUCUAAUAUUGGUCCGAAUAACAAAAAUUAUAUUUCAUUCCCACAACCUCAAGGAAACAAUAACAACAAUGUAGCUCGGUCACGUCCAAUAUUACCUACAGCACCAAAUAUUCAGCCAUUUAUUGGCGAUGGUAGUGGAAAUAAUCAAAAAUCAGCAUCGUCACUUCAAUUUGAUCAUCAUCAAAUGUAUAAUCAGCAACCACCACAACUACAUUACUCCAACUAUGCUAAACCUCAUCCAUAA